AUGAAGAUCUUCCUGCUGAUUCUCCUGCUGCUGUCUGCUCUGUCAGAUAUUUUGUGCCAGAACUUCAGUCCUGAUGAGGAUAACUGGAUGAGUGACAGGUAUCCAGACAAGGUAAAUUUGCUAGAAUCUGACCUAAAGACGAUGUUGGAAAGGGUCAGCCGAGCCCCUGGUCUACAACAGAUUUUUGGUCUAAUGAGGAAAAGAUCAUCUGCAAAAUCACAGAUAACACGAAGACGGCAGAAAUUUCAGACUUUUGUGGGUCUAAUGGGAAAACGUAAUGUGGUCGAACCAGGUUAGUCAGUUCUUUCUUUCCUUUUGCAUGCAUACAUACAACAUAUUCUGUCACAACGUUUUUAUUAUAAAUUCUGACCUUUAUUUUCUUUUAGGAUCCUUCUAAGAAAAAGGCAAACGAUGUUGAUGAUGCAUCAGGCUUAAACUGAUAAUGAUUAUUUCAGAACCAAGUUAAAAAUGUUUAUCA